AUCAUACACAGACCUGCUUCUGUGCUAAAAGAAUUACUCGAAAACAGCUUCGAUGUCGGGUCUACCUCAAUCCAAGUCACUGUCAAGGAUGGUGGUAUGAAGCUGCUUCAGAUUCAGGACAAUGGUUGUGGCAUUCGUGUAUGUCCUCGCCAGAUUCGCAUUGAGGUAUUCUGUUGA